CCACUUUGGUUUCCGGUUGACCUACUUAGCUCUUAGCAUUAGCAUAUGACUAGAAUUUACCUCUCACAACGAAAUGUCUGCGCACACCCCCUCGCUUUGAUCAUUACGUAUUGUAUUUUUUAUAUAAAUAACGUUCGUAAUACAAAGAAGCGAUGUUAUCGUUAGUUUUAAUAACAUAGCGCAUUUGUUGUUGUUAGCCACUGUAAUUUAGCUGCGAUGAAAAUGAGCUGUCAAAAGGUGGAUCCUAAGUAAAGUGCGUUGGCCCUGCUUCGUGAUGUUUGUGUGACUACCUGAUGAUUAGUUGGAUCAAUUUGAAUUCCUUCAGCUCUGCCGUGAACUCGAAACUGUACUUGCUCCUGAUUUUUGCAAGAUAAUAUUUCCAUGGUACCACUGUGAAGUCUUCCUUGUCCUCACCUUUUUAACAUUUAAAAGUGAUUCUUCAGCCCCAUGUCUGCUGAGGCUUCAGUCAGCGGUCAUGAUGCCGACUCUGCCCAGUUUUCCCAGCCUGUCUGCCACAAUGUAGAUGAGCAAAGAUAUCGGGGUCUGUUGGGGAGCAAAUAUGUUAAAUUAAACGUGGGUGGCUCACUGCAUUAUACAACUGUCCAAACAUUAAGCAAAGAAGACAGUCUGCUGCGCAGUAUGUGUAAUGGAGGAGCAGAAGUUACCAUUGACUCAGAAGGAUGGGUAAUUUUGGACAGAUGUGGUCGACAUUUUGGGCUGGUUUUGAACUUCCUGAGAGAUGGCUCCGUCCCACUUCCAGAGGACUGCAGAGAGUUAGAUGAGGUUCUGAAGGAGGCUCAACACUAUCGGGUUCAAGGUCUGAUUCAGCAUUGUCUAAGUGCCAUGCAGAAACAAAAGGACGUUUUUGAAAGUGUUUGCCGCAUCCCUAUGAUCACAUCCACCAAAGAAGAACAAAAGAUGAUUGCCACUUGUAGAAAGCCCAUCAUAAAAUUGCAAAAUAAUAGGGGAAACAACAAGUAUUCCUAUACCAGCAACUCUGAUGACAACCUACUGAAGAACAUCGAAUUGUUUGACAAACUUGUUCUCCGAUUUAACGGACGGGUCCUGUUUGUCAAAGACGUGUUAGGAGAUGAGAUCUGCUGCUGGUCUUUCUACGGUGAAGGACGCAAGAUUGCUGAAGUUUGCUGCACCUCCAUUGUUUAUGCUACAGAGAAGAAGCAGACUAAAGUUGAGUUUCCUGAAGCCCGAAUCUUUGAAGAAACCCUCAAUAUCCUCACCUACGAGAACAGCAGAGGAUCUGGUUACGGAGGCUUAAACUUUUUUGAUUCAAGAGGGCCAGCAUCUUCAUUGGGAGGUGGACACUCAGAGGAAGAGGGGGCUGUGGGAGGGGAGAGACGAGUUCGGCGCAUCCAUGUGAGGAGACAUAUAAUGCACGACGAAAGGGGGCACGGUCAGCAAACUGUGUACAAAGACUAAUAAUGUGAAAAUAUGAGUCAUCAGAAAGACUCGUGCGUUGAUUUUUGCUUAAUAAUAUCAGGAUGAAAGAGAUGACCUUUGUCAUAGCAGUAGCUUUGUAGUUAGUCAUUUCAAAUGUCUUUAAUGUUGCUGCAGAAUUGUAGAGGAUGAUGAUGGAUUUGCAACAAUAGUAACAUUUUUUUUCGGAGUCAAAAGUGCUCCUGUUUACAAAAUGAAAACUGUGCACUAUUUAAAUAGGAAGUGAAUGUGGAUCCCCUAAAUGUUGAAUGAUGAUUGAGAGGCCUGACAGUUCACAUCCCACUCCAAAAGCAGAUUAUACAUGUUGACUAGAAGACAGACUGCAUAUGCAGGUGUUAAUGAUAUGCACUCAUUUAUCCUUUACUGUUUAUCCUCACAUAGUUGUAAACACUGUCAGUCAUUUUGUCCAUGCUGUGAAGCAUCUGUCGCCUUUUCACGUCAGAAUAAGAUGCUGCUCAACAGUGAGAAACAAAGGAAGGUGUUUAGCUGGGAUGUGUCAGCACUGGAAACAAAUCUGAGAAGCCAUUUCUUGUGUGUUUACCAUGAAUGGAAUUGUUUAGCAGCUUUUUUUUCUUCUUUAUUUAAAUUUUUACUCGUGUUGCUCCGAGAUUAUUUUUUUUUAAUAAUUAAUUUAUGAAAUCUAAUUUAUUCUUCUCUAUUUAACUUUUGUAUUGUAUGCAAUAUUUGUGUGACCUUGAGCUCCAGUUGAUUUUCAUAUUUGAAGAGGUACAGAGAGUAUGACUUAAUGGUGUAUUUUACUCUGAGCCACAUUUUUGCCUACACCUGAGUCUUAUACCAAACCACUUUUCACUUUGGAAUUGGCCUUGUACUGAUGCUAAAAUUCCUAAUUAUUGUGUUCUACUUUAGUCUACCUAAAGUGUUUUCUUUUCAUCAAUCAGCAUUGCAGAAAAAAUAAUCUCUCCACAUAACGAAAAUUACUGAAAGAGAGCAAUAUGUGUUUAGAAUCUACGUAAAAACACCUAGAAAAGUCUUUCAAAUAUGCACUAACACGACUUCCGUCCAGGUAAGGUCAAUGAAAUGUUAUAAAUAAAUUACUUGUGAAAUUCA